AUCGAAUCAUCAUGCCAAAGUUCAAAAUCCCUUGAGAAAUGUCUUCAGAAUUUUGUUUUGAAAAUGUCCAUCAAGAAUUCACCUGACUGGUCAAUUGUCAACCAAUCAUAUUUUUAUGUCAUUUAAUAAAAAGUAUUAUUCUCUUUUGAAUGCUGAAAACCACAGGUCUCUAGCUGCUUUCAUUCUCGAGUUAUUCAAGUUACAACCGAGUCCAUUGUAUUUUUGAAUGGACAUUAGGCUGGUAUAUAGAAAUGGAUACAGCAAGUUUAUCGUGUUUUUGGGAAUGUAUUGACAUGCUUUGAAAUAUUUUACUCUGAUUGCACAUUCUUACAGUCAAAGAAUCCGUGAGAUUGCAUGAAAAUCAAAAUAUGUUUAAGAUUCUGAUCGCCUCUCGAUCAGCGGAAGAUGGUGACAAAUUUUACCACUAGUGUGUAUUAGAGAAGAGUCAAAUGAAUCAGUAUGAUGAAAAUUACUUGUUUUUAUUGUAGAGAAGUAUUGGAGCAAUCCUCAAUAUCUUAUUCAAUUAGAAUAUAUCGAUGGUAAUGUUGAAGAGAAAUGGUGUACAAUGAUUAUUGCAUUAAUGUUUAAAGACGAAAGACAACGAAUGUUAAGUGGUGAAGAACCUGUACUCAUAGCGUUCGAUGUUUGUAAGGUCAAGAAUGAUGCUGAUAUUCGUACGCAUAUUGAAGAACAUCAAAAAUUUUAUAUGACACAUUUAGAUUAUGUUGGUAGCAGUGGAAAGUAUACGCCAUACCGUUCUGUUAGUCAACGAUUUAAAGUUCGUCCUGGAACUUAUAUUAUAAUACCAAAUACAUUCGAAUGUGACACAGGUGGAGAAUAUUUCUUACGUAUAUUCACUGAAAAAGAAGUGGUUCAAACAGUAACAGUAGAAUUGACGAUUAAUAAAAAAAAUCUGACUGAAUCGGAAAUAAAACAUCCGCAUAUAAAUGUCAAUAGUGAAGUCGAUAGUAAACCAGCUUCUACUCCAGAAUCAUCCGACGGAGAAACCAAUAAAGCUACAGAAGAUAUAGGUGGUGCUUUUCCAGGUUCAAAUCCAACAAAACCAACUAUUAAUAUUGAUGUUGAUAAAAUAGAAGGACAUUGUACAAUUCAAUAA